AUGACUGUAGGCGCCUUUGAUGUCCUCACUGCACCACCUGCUACUCCUGGCGUCACUGUAAGUGACUCCGCUGCUGCCCCUGCCCCUUUCGCCGCUGUGACUGUAGGCGCCUUCGAUGUCGGCACUGCACCAACUGCUACCCCCGACGUGACUGCAACUGACUCCGCUCCUGCCCCUGCCCCUUUCGCCACUGUGACUGUAGCCGCCUUCGAUGUUGUCACUGCAUCAGAUGCUACCCCUGGUGUCACUGCAACUGACUCCGCUGCCGCCCCUGCCACUUUCGCCGCUGUGACUGUAGGCGCCUUCGACGUUGUCAUUGCACCAGCUGGUACCCCCGGCGUCACUGCAACUGACUCUGCUGCUGCCCCUGCCACUUUCGCCGCUGUGACUGUAGGUGCCUUCGAUGUCGGCACUGCACCAGGUGCUACCCCUGACUCCGCUGCUGCCCCUGCCACUUUCGCCGCUCUGCCUCACGCCCCCGUAGAUGUGGAUGUGGUCGACAAGUGUUUUCAGGCCGUUUUUUCACCUCUACAGACACUGAGCUGA